AUGAUAAUUUAUUCACGAAACAAAUCAGCAAAUCUCAAUGAUCCGUUAACAUCAUCAUCAUCAUCAUCAUCAUCAUCAUCAUCAUCAUCAUCAUCAUCAUCAUCAUCAUCAUCAUCAUCAUCAUCAUCAUCAUCAUCAUCAUCAUCAUCAUCAUCAUCAUCAUCAUCAUCAUCAUCAUCAUCAUCAUCAUCAUCAUCAUCAUCAUCAUCAUCAUCAUCAUCAUCAUCAUCAUCAUCAUCAUCAUCAUCAUCAUCAUCAUCAUCAUCAUCAUCAUCAUCAUCAUCAUCAUCAUCAUCAUCAUCAUCAUCAUCAUCAUCAUCAUCAUCAUCAUCAUCAUCAUCAUCAUCAUCAUCAUCAUCAUCAUCAUCAUCAUCAUCAUCAUCAUCAUCAUCAUCAUCAUCAUCAUCAUCAUCAUCAUCAUCAUCAUCAUCAUCAUCAUCAUCAUCAUCAUCAUCAUCAUCAUCAUCAUCAUCAUCAUCAUCAUCAUCAUCAUCAUCAUCAUCAUCAUCAUCAUCAUCAUCAUCAUCAUCAUCAUCAUCAUCAUCAUCAUCAUCAUCAUCAUCAUCAUCAUCAUCAUCAUCAUCAUCAUCAUCAUCAUCAUCAUCAUCAUCAUCAUCAUCAUCAUCAUCAUCAUCAUCAUCAUCAUCAUCAUCAUCAUCAUCAUCAUCAUCAUCAUCAUCAUCAUCAUCAUCAUCAUCAUCAUCAUCAUCAUCAUCAUCAUCAUCAUCAUCAUCAUCAUCAUCAUCAUCAUCAUCAUCAUCAUCAUCAUCAUCAUCAUCAUCAUCAUCAUCAUCAUCAUCAUCAUCAUCAUCAUCAUCAUCAUCAUCAUCAUCAUCAUCAUCAUCAUCAUCAUCAUUAUCAAACAUAUUUCAUUGA